AUGGAAGACUGCGAAGGCUACUACAUCGACUACAUGUGCUUCAACUUCCGUCUGGAUGGUAAAAAUUGGUUCGACGCUGAGAGGACGUGCAAUCAGUACUCGAUCAGCGGCUACAGUGGCGCCAAUCUGGCCUCCAUACCAAAUUCAAAUCGCCAAGCUAAGCUUGUGGAGUUCAUGGAGAGGUUUUCUUUGAGCGUUGUCUGGCUUGGUGCUAUCGAGAACACUAAUAUUUGGAGAUGGAAAGAUGGACAACUAGAUUUGCUCUCUCAAGGCUGCUAUAGCAACCUGACAACAACUUCCGGUUUCUAUGAGGUCACAUCUAAUGACGUCGUCAUGGAUCCAAAUAAGUGCGUUGAAAUUUGCAAGAAAGGAUCAAGGGGAUAUGCCGCCAUGACGCGAAUGAGCCGCUGCUAUUGCGGUGACGUCAUUCGAGUCUCCGACCAAUCACGUAACUGCGUUGCUCCCUGCAAUGUGACGUCAGAAUUCGCGGGCUGGUGUGGUGCAGCUGACGACGAUCGCCAUUUCACCCUUUUCAGAGUCGGGGGGCUCGGAGCUAGAUGGGGCUACAACCAGCCCGACAACCAAUCAGGUAAAGAGAAUUGUGCCGUCCUGGAUUUGAACCUCGACGCCGGAUUGGCCGAUGAAAGUUGUGGCGACAAGUUCAUCCAUAUAUGCAAAUUAGCCAGCACAGCCCAGUGCCCCGCAAACUCAACCAAUCCAAGCUACAGAAUCAUAAGCCAGAGUUGCUAUUGGCUGAAUACGAACCAAUCGAAUAAAGUCACGUGGGUGGAGGCCGACCAAUCGUGUGCGAGAAUGAACGGGGCUUUGAUUACAGUCUCGUCGGAAUAUCUGCAAGUGGCUAUCAGGAAUUGGGUCGCUGGGACUUUUAGAACGACGAAAGUGAAGGUUUGGGUUGGCGCCUACAAAGGUGGAUGGUCUUGGAUGGCAACAAACACCUUCUCCUUCACUAACUGGGCCGCAAACGAACCGAAAUCAUCAUCAUCUUCGUCGUCGUCAUCAUCAUCGUCAUCAUCGCCAUCAUUAUCAUCAUCGCCUCUUUGUUUGGCGUUUAAUAAGAAGUUGAAUUAUUCCUGGUCAGCCAUCCCGUGCAGCACCAGCCCCGUCUACUUCAUCUGCCAGAGAGGUUACGACUACCCACUCUUAUCGGCAAUUGUAACCGACCAAUGGUUCGGACCUUCUCCAGUUUACAGUCUCGACGAGACCUGGUUCGAUUCCAACUUCAACCCGUAUUACAAAAACGUUCCGCAAACUACUGCCGCUGCAACUACUACUUCUACUACUACUACUUCUACUACUACUACUACUACCACAACUUCUACUACUACUACUACUACUACUACUACUACUACUACUACUACUACUACUACAUCAACUACUACAACUUCUACCACUACUACAACUUCUACUAAAUAUAUCGAUAAUAUUCUAACGAAUCCGACAACUAUUGACAACAACAACAACAAUAAUAAUAAUAAUAAUAAUAGCAAUGGUAACGAUUACAAUAAUUAUUAUAAUAAUAACAACAACAACAUGUCCCCACAAAAUGUUCUGGCCGGUGAAUCUACUGGAAUGAGUGCUGUAAAAAUUACUGUCAUUGCAUUUGUGGUGGUCCUGGGCUUACUCAUUCUCAUCAUCUGCCUCCUCUGCAUCAUCUGCUGUUUCAUCUGCAAUAAGAGAUUCAAAGUGGGGACGGUGAAGGGUAUCGACGCCCGACCAGUGGCGCACUUGCCACAAAACAAACUCGACUAUAUGACGUCAUCGUCCAAGGAAAAUUUGAAGGAACACGAUCAGCUGGAUAUAAAAAUAGAUGAAUGAAUGAAUAAAUGAAUGAAGGAAUGAAAACCUGAAUAAAUGAAUGAAGGAAUGAAAACCUGAACGAAUGAAUGAAUGGUUAAAUGAUUGAUUGACGGACCUAUAAAUGAACGAAUUGGAUCUUCAUCGUCCAAAUGAAAUUUUAUAAGGUAACGAUUAGUUGGAUAGAAAGAUAGACGGAUGGAUGAUCUGACAGAAGAAUGAAUGAGUGAAUGAAUGAUUGAAUGAAUGAGUGAAUGAAUGACGAUAAUUAAUAACGGUGGAAUGUACGGAUGAAAGUGAACUGAUAACGAUACUAACCAAUGUUACCUUUCAACACUUACUUUUUUCAAUUUUAAUCGACACUUGAAACUU